AGGUGCCUUUUCUUUCAUUUUUGGUUCAACUGAAGAAAAGCCAGCGAGAGAGCAGAAAGAAUGGCGUGGAUAUGGUUGGAAGCAGCUCUUCCCCUUGGAAUCAUAGCUGGAAUGCUCUGCGUUAUGGGCAAUGCUCAGUAUUACAUCCACAAAGCUUAUCAUGGCCGGCCCAAGCACAUUGGAAACGAUAUGUGGGAUGUCGCCAUGGAAAGAAGGGAUAAAAAGCUCUUGGAAAACAUCUCUGCCGCUUCCUCUAAUUGAUAUCUUUUCACUACUGGAAACUUGGCCAACGGAGUGCGGGAGAAGAAAUAAAAGUGCUCUAUGAUAUUCUGUCUUGCUGAAGGAGACCGAAGAGCGGCUGGACUUUAGUAUUUUUUGUUUUGUUUGUAAUGUGAAUUUGCAUGAACUCGUAAAAUCUUGCACUUUUUGACAACACUUGCUAAUGUUUACCCUGCUCAACUGGUAGUGUAUGGGAGAUUUGUUGCUUUCAUUUGCCUUGGGCUUAUGAAUUUAAAAAUAAGAUUAAACUUUAAUUUUAUCUGA